CUUCACCUGUCAGUGGUCAUAAUGUUAUGGCUGAUAAAUGUAUCUGUAAACAUCCAAUGAACCCCUAUCUGCCACUCCAAGGAUGCUACAGCUAGAGGCCAAAGUAGUUUAUAAGAAGCCCAGGUCUGGUUCUACAAUCUCCCUCAGCUCCUCUAUCAAGGCAGCCUGUGGUCUCUUCAGACUGUCAUAACGGUCAGAGACUACAGCUUCACUGUUGUUGACUCUGGAAUGUUGACAUUUGUUCCAGAGUGUUUCUCCCCAUGUGUUUGCUCUGUGCUGAGUGGCUGAGAGACUUCUUUGAUUCUGAGAACACACAGCCAGGAUUCUAGAACUCACACACACACACACAUACACGCUCAGGCAUGACAGGACAGAGUUAGACAGGCCACUCCCUCUGAAGUAGCUUGCAAACUGAGACACGUGUCAGAGCUCUCAGAACAGAGAGAGGGAGAAAGAGUUUGGAUGGUCGGGUCAAAACUCACUGGGGGGCUGAACACACUAGAAAUAAAGACAGUAUGGACUUGAUAGGACUCCUUCGGAUUUCCCUCCACUGAAACAAGGUGUUGAUGGUCUUUAUCAGGUGUGAAUCCAUGAUGAAUACACAUGUUACUGUUGGAGAACGCAGAGUCCUGUCACGGGCUGAGUUCAUAUCAUUGAUCAACACUUACAACUGUUUUUUAAAAGACAAGGCACAACUGCAGCUGAAGGUUAAUGAGAGAGGUGGGGAGCUGGUUUUCGAGGGCUUCCUCAAUAUAUCCUGGGGAGUAAGGAGGCCCAUAAGGCUCAAAAUACAGGAUGAAAAACAACUUCCUUUUACCAGCCUGAUGUCACCCGACCCAAUUAGUCCACAUGGAGGCAAGAGGGGGAUGACUCGCUGGGGGGAGUUUGAAGACCUUCAUCAGAUCAAUGAGAUAGAAGACAGCCAGGAUCCUACAGACGCUAAUAAACAGAUAACAGGUUACAGGGUUUAUGAGAGCUCUACGCUACGUCCGAGCCCCACAAAGCAGAAGACUGAGGCGGAGGAAGAGCUGUCAAAUCUCAUCCGCUGCAUGAGUGAUGCCUCCCUGGUGAAGAGGAGAGUGAAAAAGAAUCCCUCUCAGAGAGAGACAAACAGGCAUCAUCGCUUCUCUAUCAACGGACACUUCUAUAACUACAAGACGUCAAUAUUCAUCCCUUCCCAUGGGACAUCCACCACAGUUUGCAUCAACAGCAGGAUGACAACACAUGAGGUCAUUGGUCAACUGUUGCAGAAGUUCAAGAUAGAGAACGAUCCAAAUGAAUUUGCCCUCUACUGUGUUCAUCAAAGUGGAGAGAAGAAGAAGCUGUCUGCCUUUGACAUGCCACUGUGGGAAAGGGUUCUUCAGGGCCCAGCGGAGAACAUUAUGAAGAUGUUCCUCAUGGACAGAGACGAAGAGGAAGUCAGCAACGAUGUGGCUCAGUACCUCAACCUUGAGCUGCCCAUCCUGGAGAGAGUUCUAGUACAACUGGAGGAAGAGGAGAGAAGGGAGGUGCAGAGGAUCACCACUAAGUAUCAUCAGCAACAGAAGGUCUUGUCACAAGUCCUCAGCUCUAAAACCACCAAGACAGAAACAGAGGUGUGAGGAGCAACCCCUGUUCCAAAUGGUUUCUUAGUCCUGAGGAGUCAGCUCAAAGAAAGCAUUAAACAGAGAAAAGUCUCAGUGUUUACCUUGUUGUUUCCCAAUCCUGGUCCUGGGGACAUGUCUUAGCACUCACACACCUGUUUUAAAUGUUGCCCUGCCACUCACA